CCGCUGUGCCUGAGCAUGUGGUUCCAGCGCUCCUUUACCCUCAUCGUGGAGGCCUGGGACUGGGACAAUGUCACCACCCCGGACGAGGAGCUGCUGAUCGAGCGGGUGUCGCACGCGGGCAUGAUCAACCCCGAGGACCGCUGGAAGAGCCUGCACUUCAGCGGCCACGUGGCGCACCUGGAGCUGCAGAUCCGCGUGCGCUGCGACGAGAACUACUACAGCGCCACGUGCAACAAGUUCUGCCGGCCGCGCGACGACUUCUUCGGCCACUACACGUGCGACCAGUACGGCAACAAGGCCUGCAUGGACGGCUGGAUGGGCAAGGAGUGCGAGGAGGCCGUGUGUAAGCAAGGGUGUAACCUGCUCCACGGGGGCUGCGCCGUGCCCGGGGAGUGCAGGUGCGGCUACGGCUGGCAGGGCCGGUUCUGUGAUGAGUGCGUCCCGUACCCUGGCUGUGUCCACGGCAGCUGCGUGGACCCCUGGCAGUGCAACUGUGAGACCAACUGGGGCGGCCUGCUCUGCAACAAAGACCUGAACUACUGCGGCAGCCACCACCCUUGCACCAACGGGGGCACGUGCAUCAACGCCGAGCCCGACCAGUACCACUGCGCUUGCCCCGACGGCUACUCGGGGAAGAACUGUGAGCGGGCCGAGCACGCCUGUGCCUCCAACCCGUGUGCCAACGGGGGCUCUUGUCACGAGGUGCCCUCUGGCUUCGAAUGCCACUGCCCAUCAGGCUGGAGCGGGCCCACCUGUGCGCUCGACAUCGAUGAGUGCGCCUCCAACCCUUGUGCGGCCGGGGGCACCUGCGUGGACCAGGUGGACGGCUUCGAGUGCAUCUGCCCUGAGCAGUGGGUGGGGGCCACCUGCCAGCUGGACGCCAAUGAGUGUGAGGGGAAGCCGUGCCUUAAUGCUUUUUCUUGCAAAAACCUGAUUGGUGGCUAUUACUGUGAUUGCGUCCCGGGCUGGAAGGGCAUCAACUGCCACAUCAACAUCAAGGACUGUCGUGGGCAGUGUCAGCACGGUGGCAUCUGCAAGGACCUGGCGACCGGCUACCAGUGUGUGUGCCCACGGGGCUUCGGCGGCCGGCACUGUGAGCUGCAGCUGGACUCGUGUGCCAGCAACCCCUGCCAUGGUGGCCUCUGUGAGGACCUAGGGGACAGCUUCCGCUGCCACUGCUCCAAGGGCACCUCAGGGCCGCUCUGCGAGGUAGACAUAGACUUCUGCGAGCCCAAUCCCUGCCAGAACGGUGCUCGCUGCUACAACCUGGAGGGCGACUAUUACUGCGCAUGCCCUGACGACGUGGGCGGCAAGAACUGUUCGGUGCCCAGGGAGUCGUGCCCGGGCGGGGCCUGCAGAGUGAUCGAUGGCUGCGGGUUUGAGUCGGAGUCCAGAGUGGCGGGCAAGGCUCCUUCCGGUGUGUGUGGCCCCCACGGACACUGUGUCAGUCUACCUGGGGGCAACUUCUCCUGCAUGUGCGACAGCGGCUUCACAGGCACCUACUGCCAUGAAAACAUCGAUGACUGCCUGGGGCAGCCGUGCCGCAAUGGGGGCACUUGCAUCGAUGAGGUGGACGCAUUCCGCUGCUUCUGCCCCAGCGGCUGGGAGGGCGAGCUCUGCGACACCAAUCCCAACGACUGCCUUCCCGAUCCCUGCCACAGCCGCGGCCGCUGCUACGACCUGGUCAACGACUUCUACUGCGCCUGUGACGACGGCUGGAAGGGCAAGACCUGCCACUCGCGCGAGUUCCAGUGUGAUGCCUACACUUGCAGCAAUGGUGGCACGUGCUAUGACAGUGGUGACACUUUCCGCUGCGCCUGUCCCCCAGGCUGGAAGGGCAGCACCUGCAACAUCGCCGAGAACAGCAGCUGCCUGCCCAACCCCUGCAUGAAUGGGGGCACCUGCGUGGGCAGCGGGGACUCGUUCUCCUGCAUCUGUCGAGACGGCUGGGAGGGCCGCACCUGCACGCACAAUACCAAUGACUGCAACCCCCUGCCUUGCUACAACGGUGGUGUCUGCGUUGAUGGGGUCAACUGGUUCCGCUGCGAGUGUGCUCCCGGCUUCGCGGGCCCCGACUGCCGCAUCAAUGUGGACGAGUGCCAGUCCUCGCCUUGCGCCUAUGGGGCCACGUGCGUGGAUGAGAUCAACGGCUAUCGAUGCAGCUGCCCGCCGGGCCGGGCCGGCCCACGGUGCCAGGAGGUGACUGUCUUCGGGAGGUCCUGCUGGUCACAGGGCGUGCCCUUCCCGCACGGGGGCUCCUGGGUAGAGGACUGCAACAGCUGCCACUGUGUGGACGGCCGCCGGGACUGCAGCAAGGUGUGGUGCGGGCGGAAGCCUUGCCUGCUGGCCGGCCGGCCCGAUGCUCUGAGUGCCCAGUGCCCACCGGGGCAGCAGUGCCAAGAGAAGGCCCCCGGCCAGUGCCUGCAGCCGCCCUGCGCGGCCUGGGGGGAGUGUGGUGCCGAGGAGCCCCUGCCGCCCAGCACCCUGUGCUUGCCCCGCUCUAGCCACCUGGACAACAACUGUGCGCGCCUCACUUUGCACUUCAAUCGUGACCAAGUGCCCCAGGGCACCACUGUGGGCGCCAUCUGCUCCGGGAUCCGUGCCCUGCCGGCCACAAGGGCAGUGGCCCGCGACCGCCUGCUGGUGCUGCUCUGUGACCGGCCGUCAUCCGGGGCCAGCGCAGUCGAGGUGGCUGUGGUGAGCACUGGGCAGGUGGGGGUGGCCGCCCUGCCUUCUUUCCCACACUUCCGUUCUGUCUGUUCUCUGGAGGUGCUACGCCCGAGGGCCCAGGCCAGGCGUGUCCCCGAGUGCGGGGGAGAGGGGCUGACACGCACUCAGGAGUCUGCCCUGGCGAGCUGUCUGCUGGUGCCGUUGCUGUGCGGCGUGUUCAGCGUGCUGUGUCUGGCGUGUGUGGUCAUCUGCGUGUGGUGGACCCGCAAGCGCAGGAAAGAGCGGGAGAGGAGCCGGCUGCCGCGGGAGGAGGGCGCCAACAACCAGUGGGCCCCGCUCAACCCCAUCCGCAACCCCAUCGAGCGGCUGGGCAGCGGCGGCCCGUGCGGUGGCCGCAAAGACGUGCUGUACCCGUGCAAGAACUUCACGCCGCCGCCGCGUCGGGCGGCCGAGCUGCUGCCCGGGCCCGCGGGCUGCAGGGCAGGCGGGGAGGAGGAGGACGACGAGGAGCCCGGGCGCGCCGAGGGGCCCUGCCUGGAGGCGGAGAAGUUCCUCUCCCACAAAUUCACCAAAGACCCCGGCUGUUCGCCCGGGAGGCCGGCCCGCUGGGCCUUGGCCCCCAAAGUGGACAACCGCGGGGUCAGGGGCGCCAGUGACUCGCGCCACGCGGGCCCAGAGUAGGGCGGAGGCCAGCCCUCGGCGCUACCUAGGACCCUGCCCCGGGCGCGGCGACACCUGCCAGACCGUAGGAGGCCCAGGCCAUGUGCAUAGUUUCUUUAUUUUGUGUAAAAAAACACCAAAAACCAAAAACAAAUUGUUUAUUUUCUACAUUUCUUUAACCUUGUAUAAAUUAUUCGAUAACCGUCAGGCAGAAAACAAUGGAGUAUUCUCGGAUAGUUGCUAUUUUUGUAACGUUUCUGUGUGUCGCACUUGCUGUGCGGCAGCAGAGAGCAAAGGGUGUCUGUGUCCUCACCAGAUUGUCCGUUCGUUACCAGAGGUGGUUCGCUGUUUACAGAAUCUUCCUUCUUAUUCCUCAUUUGGCGUUCUCAGUGGCUCCAGGCCAAAGAGCCAGUGGGACCCGUGGCUGUUGGCGUGGCCCACGGCAUUGGUGGGACCUGCAGCUGACAGGAUGGCCUGUGGCCAUCGGUGGGACCACCUGUGGCUGUUGGCGUGGCUCAUAGUUGUUGGUGUGGCCUGAGGCUGUUGGUGGGACCCAUGAUGUGCAGCGUGGCCCGGUGGUGCCUGUGGUGGGCAGUGGGGCUUGAGGUCAUCGGAGGCCUGUGUCCGGCAGGGCCGGGGGCCCAGGGGCAGACCCCGGCCAGCUCCCGGGCCGGCCCCCCCUCGCCUGUGCCCGCCUGGAGCGCUCGCUGCAGCGAUCUCUCAACUGUGUUUUCGGAAGUGCCCUUCCCGGCUGCUCUGUUGUCCCUGGGACGGGGCAGCAUCGAAGCUCGCGACAAGUGCCUUCACACGGCCCCUCCCCUCGUGGCGUCCACGUCUGCCGUGGAAUCCAGCCUGCCGCCCAUCUGCCGGCCGGGCCCCCUCCUCGUGAAAGUGCAUUUUUGUAAAUAUGUACAUAUUAAAUGAAUCACUCUGUAUAUUUGAUUUAAUAACUUAAAGGUUUUGGCCUCCCUUGUU